CACUCAAAACAACGCUGCUAGGGUUUUUCCUCAGGUUUCAGAUCUCUUCCUCCACACUUUCUCUCAUUCAUUCACAAAUCACUCAAUUUCACGUUUUUUCUUCUUCUUUCAUUUCAUCCUUCAAAGAUUUCGCUUUUUGAUCAUCAGCGAAAGCGAAACGAUGUCUCGGGUGUAUGUGGGUAAUCUGGAUUCGAGAGUCACCGAGAGGGACCUUGAAGAUGAAUUCCGCGUUUUUGGUGUUAUUCGAAGUGUCUGGGUUGCUCGAAGACCACCUGGCUAUGCUUUUAUCGACUUCGAUGAUCGCCGAGAUGCACAGGAUGCUAUUAGGGAAUUAGAUGGUAAGAGUGGUUGGAGGGUCGAGCUUUCUCACAAUUCUAGAACUGGUGGCGGCGGCGGCGGCGGCGGUGGUCGUGGUCGCGGAGGUGGUGGCGGUGGAGGCGGUUCUGACCUGAAGUGUUAUGAGUGUGGUGAACCUGGCCAUUUUGCCCGUGAAUGUCGCAAUCGUGGUGGUUCAGGAAGACGCCGUAGCCGUAGUCCACCUCCUCGAUUUCGCAGGAGUCCAAGUUAUGGUCGAAGGAGUUUCAGUCCUCGUGGACGAUCCCCCAGGCGCCGCAGUGUGUCACCUCGUGGACGCAGCUACAGCAGGUCUCCACCUCCUUACCGUGCCCGUGAAGAGGUGCCAUAUGCUAAUGGAAAUGGCAUUAGGGAUCGACGCCGAAGCAGAAGUUGAUUUUUAGACUCAGUAAUAGCAAUUGUUGAGAAGAAUAGUGAGAUUCUGUUUACUUAGGGGGUGCAUGGAUUGCAAUAUGAGUCUGUUUUGUCAGGCGAUGACUGGAGUUUCUGCUAUUGUAUUGGAUUAGUUACUUCAUUGAUGUCUCAGCUAUUGUUUCUUCUUUCUUUGCAAAAUACCUGUUGUUUCAUAGCAGAUAACCAUCUAUUUUAAGUUCUUGCUACAAUUUUCUAGAUAUUUAUAAAGUGCAUGCUUGUCUCA